AUGUCUUUCGCCAUAUUCCACUGUAUGCCCUCCCACGUUCCCAAUCUUCAACCCCAGGGUGAUCGCAACAAGGCGAGGCCAAUGCCAUCCAUGGUGGUAACGAGCAUCACCCCACGGGGAAUUGAGGGAACUAGCUUUCUGGGCGGCCCAGCUGCUGUGGUCCCCCCCUGCACGCUCAUUCAGAAGCUGCUCAUCGGAGGAAAAGUGGCAGAGGGGUCGGGCAAGAAGCAGCGGACGGCAAUCCUCUUCUUCCACUGCAUUCCCCGCCUGCCGGGGCAGAGCCGCCUCAUCUGGUUCUUCAUGAACAACAUCAUCCCCCCCUGGGUGCCCAUGCCCCCGAGUGCCAGAGGGGUCGGGCAAGAAGCAGCGGACGGCAAUUCUCUUCUUCCACUGCAUUCCCCGCCUGCCGGGGCAGAGCCGCCUCAUCUGACUCUAUCACACUACAUGAUUGCUGCCGAUGGGCUAGUAAGUGCCUCUCCCACCUCUGCCCCCCGAGUGGUUCGUGCACCUGACAAGGAUGAAAGUGCUCGACACCGACCACCCUUUGCUGCACCUCACGGAGCGGCGGCUGGAGGAAGAGGGAGGGGCGGUGCAGGGGGUAAAGAGCUACUACACUCCCACGUCGUCCUACUCGCUUGUCUCGACCUUCGAUCCUCGCUUCUUUCUCACCUUUCUCUCUGCCUUACCACUCCUUGUCUGUGCCUGCAGGAGCGGCGGCUGGAGGAAGAGGGAGGGGCAGUGCAGGGGGUAAAGAGCUACUACACUCCCACGUCAGCCGACUCGUUCGUCUCGGCCUAUCGCUCCUGGCUGCUCAGGUUUGCGGGCGGCAAGGCCCGCUUUCCUGCCUACGUGAAUCCAGAGCUCCCCCCAGCCAAGUCGAGGCGGGAGAUUCUUGACAGGUGA